AUGCCCACCACCCAGGACCUGAGUCCCUCCCAGCAGGGCCUCUGGUGGUGGUUUCUAGUUUCUCUGCAGGCCCCGGCACUGGGUGGUUUUAAGCUGCUGCUCCCAUGUCUCAAAGACACAGGGUUUUCACUUUCACUUUUGCUUCCCAGUGUAUAUCUGGGCCCAGAGGGUGUGUGUGGUUUAUUGAAGAGAUUCACAGCUGGUGGCUGCAUCUGCAGAGCUGAGAACAACUGGAUCUUGUUCACACUCGGGCAGAGGAAGACUCCUGGGAAAGAAGUGGAGGCAUUACGUGAAUUUCUGAAUGAGUGGAAGACAGACUUGGCUAUGGAAGACCAAGAGAGAUUCCAAUGGGACCUGCUAGACAGGGAGAGGUUUUUAAAUGAGUUUCCUCAGGUGAAAAAGGAGCUGGAAGAGAGCAUAAGAAAGCUCUAUGCACUUGCAGACAGGGUUGACAAGUCACACAGGGACUGUACCAUCUUCAAGGUGGUGGCCAACUCUACCGGCACUGUGUCUGGUGUUCUGAACAUCCUUGGUCUGGCUCUGGCACCCGUGACAGCAGGGGCCAGUUUGGCACUCUCAACCACUGGGUUAGGGCUGGGAGCAGCAGCUACUGUGACCACCAUGUCCACCAACAUCGUGGAACACUUUAGAAGGUCAUCAGCAGAAACGGAAGCCAGUGGCCUGUUGUCAACUAGCAUCAAAGAAAAGGUGUCUGUGGGAGCUCGAUGUCUGUCUGUACUUGGGAUGGCUUUUUCUGUAAGAAAAGUCUACAAAUCCAUGCAAGAGAUUAGGAAAAAUGUCCGUGCUGCAAAGCUAGUGAAAGCUAAAAGCUUCACAAGCACUGGGCAAGUCUCCAUCCAGACAAGCAAGGAGGUGAACGAAGUUUUCAAAGGCACCAUUCUGGAAAUGACCAAAAAGGCUCGGAUCAUUGCUGGAGGCUUUGCAGGAAUCUCCCUUCUAGUGGAUGUGGGCUUCCUGGUAAAAGAGUCGAUGCACUUGCAUGAGGGGGCAAAGACAGAGUUGGCUGAGAAGCUGAGGCAGCAGGCCAGGGAGCUAGAGAAGAAGUUGAAGGAGCUCAUACAGACCUAUGAGAGGCUGAAGUAAGGCCUGACUCCCCCACCCCCAGAGAAGUGCAGGAACGAGGGACACAUGUGAGACCAGGGAUCAGAACACCAUGUUGAGGGGAAAGGAGGGGGAGACAACACUGAUGGAGCUGGGUGUUAGGAAUCUGGCAUUUCAGUAGCUGAGCACAGCAGGGGAGGAAUGCAUGCAGGGUGAAGAUGGGGAAAGAGAAGGAAGGAGCCUGGAGCCUGGACUAAGGGAUGAGAAUGACGGGAGGGGAGAUACCACUUAUUUUGAACUAAAGAACACACUGGGGGCAGAACAGAGAGGCAGGGGAACUAGCAACGAGAGGCCAAGAAUAUGAAAGUGUUUAAAAUUGGAGAAAGUCAAAGAGGAGGGAUAGCUGGGAUCCAGGAGAAGCAGCCCGGGCUCCUCUAUCGCCCUCCCCAGGGUUUGCUGUCCCAGCAAGAAGAGUCUCCCCCUGAUGGUGGUCUCUAGCCCUCCUUCUCCAGCGUCAGCUCACCUUUGAUCCCAGCAGGUUUGCCUUAAUUAGGCAGUGACUUCUUGAUGAUAAUGGUGGUGGUGGCAGUGAUGACUACUCAGUGGGUGGGACAUUUGUCGAGAUGCAGGUGAUAUUGGGGACCAGGAUCACUGAGUGACUAAUGAAGAUCCUAUGAAAUUCCAAAUGCUGUGUGAAACAGAGGUUGGUUUAAAAAAAAAUCACAAAAGAAAUAAGAAAUGACACCAGAAGGCAACAGCCGACCAAGGAACUGUGUGGUGUGUCAAGGAGAUCACCAGCCUGCGGUGAGGAAAGGCCGCCUCUCAGAUCCUCGGUUUCCUCUUCAGUGGUGGGGGGGGCUGGACAAGACACUCAGGUUCCUUUGUCUCCACCCACCUUUUGUUCUCCAGACUCUGGUUCAAUAAAUAUGAGCUGGUUCAGUGAG